AUGGGUAAUCUACCUUUUCACAGGGUGUCUAAACUUAAACCCUUCUCUUGCGUGGGUAUAGAUUAUGGAGGUCCAUACACGAUAUCUUUGGGAAGAUAUCGAGGGGCUAAAAUUGAUAAGGCCUAUAUCUGUUUAUUUGUGUGUUCUGCCACUAAAGCAUUGCACAUUGAGUUGGUGUCUGAUCUUUCCACCGACACAUUUAUAGCAGCCCUAAAACGAUUCAUGUCCCGUCGCGGUCGAGUGUCAUAUAUAUUUAGUGACAAUGCGACCAAUUUUGUUGGUGCUUCUCGGAUCUUCAUGGAUCUCAUGAAAGUUGCGACACAAGAAGAGCAAAUUGAAUGGAAAUUUAUUCCACCAUCUAGUCCGCACUUCGGAGGGUUGUGGGAAGCUGGGAUUGAAUCGGUAAAGUCUCAACUUUGUAGAAUUCUUGGCGACCAAAUACUUACUUAUGAGGAGUUCAACACAUUACUGAUUCAAAUAGAAGCUAUUUUAAAUUCAAGACCACUGUGUCCUACCAGCUCCGAUCCCAACGAUCUUCUAGCUCUUACCUCACUUCUUGACAUUGGAGCCGUUAAAUUGUCCUCCUGA